GUGAAGUGUUUGUGUGGGAGGAGAGAAUGCAGACAGAAGAAAGCUAGCUACACAUGAUGCCAUCACCCUCACUAUACUAAAACUCUCAAAUCCCCAAAACACACAAAAACAAAAAAAACGUUUCUCCCUUCCACACUGUCGACGACGUAACCUCAUUCAGAUUCAACUUUCAAAUUGAAUUUGAAUUCGAAAAGAAAAAAAGCGAAUUUGCGUGUGUACUAUACAGAUAAAGAUAAACCUGUCACUUUUUUCUUCUUUUCCUUUGUGAAUCUGUUGUGACGGUAUAUCAAUAUCAAUAUUUAUAUACCGUUUUUUCUCCCUCAGAUCUGGUCUCUGUAUAUUGUUCCUUUUCUCGUAUAUAUACACAUACACCACACACCACACACCACACAAGUUGAAUUAACCGCAAUUUGUUUUGGAACCCUACGAAAAUUGAAGAAGAUGGAGAGCGAAAAGAAAUCGUCAUCGAUUUCUGAUGUGGGAGCAUGGGCUAUGAACGUUGUUAGCUCCGUUGGAAUUAUCAUGGCUAACAAACAGCUUAUGUCCAACAAUGGCUAUUCUUUCACCUUCGCCACUACGUUAACUGGGUUCCACUUUGCUGUAACUGCUUUGGUGGGUCUUGUGUCAAAUGCUACUGGUUAUUCUGCGUCGAAGCAUGUUCCUAUGUGGGAGCUUCUUUGGUUCUCAGUGGUUGCCAAUAUGUCUAUCACAGGGAUGAACCUCAGCCUCAUGCUUAACUCUGUUGGAUUCUACCAAAUAUCAAAACUAAGCAUGAUUCCAGUGGUUUGUGUGAUGGAGUGGAUCCUUCACAACAAGCAAUACUCAAAGGAAGUGAAAAUGUCAGUCAUGGUUGUGGUUAUUGGUGUUGGUGUUUGCACUGUAACUGAUGUGAAAGUUAACCUCAAAGGUUUCGUGUGUGCCUCUGUAGCAGUUUUAUCAACAUCUUUACAGCAAAUUUCAAUUGGUUCUCUUCAAAAGAAAUAUUCAAUUGGAUCUUUUGAAUUGCUGAGUAAGACUGCACCUAUUCAAGCUCUCUCUCUUCUUACUCUUGGUCCAUUUAUUGAUUACUACCUUAGUGGCAAAUUGAUAACCAACUAUAAGAUGUCUUCUGGUGUCAUCUUUUUCAUUCUUGUUUCAUGCUCGCUAGCUGUAUUUUGCAAUGUGAGCCAGUACCUCUGCAUUGGGCGCUUCUCAGCUGUUUCCUUCCAGGUUUUAGGCCACAUGAAAACAGUAUGUGUUCUGACAUUGGGGUGGCUGCUAUUCGAUUCAGAGCUAACUUUCAAGAAUAUCAUGGGAAUGAUUCUCGCAGUUGUUGGCAUGAUAAUUUAUAGUUGGGCUGUGGAGGUUGAAAAGCAAUCAAAUGCCAAGAUCGCUCAUCAUGCGAAAAACAGCCUAACAGAAGAAGAAAUUAGACUGCUCAAGGUUGGAAUAGAAAACAGUGCUUUGAUGGAUGUUGAACUUGGUGAGGCUAAAGUUUAGAUUCACUCGCAGAUGGUAAAAUUUGACGAGAAAGGAUAAAGUCAAUUUUUAUUUGUAUUAUUCAAUUUGAUUUGUUCCUUUUAUCUAGUUUUCUGGCAGUAAAACUUGGUGUCUAUCUGCUUACGCUAGCACUCAUCCAUUUUAGAAAAUGGGUUCCCGUUCUGCCCUCCAUUAUCAAUGUUUUUUAUUUUUUUUCUUGUUUUAUUUAUGUUAUUUAUUUAGCUUGCCUGUAGAUGAUUGCAAGAUGAGAACAAAAGCAAUAUCAGUAU